AUGGCCGUCGUUGGUGUUCUCGCUUUACAGGGAUCUUUCAACGAACACAUAGCAGCUCUCAGAAGAUUAGGUGUUAAAGGUGUUGAAAUUCGAAAACCUGAACAGCUUCUCACCGUUAAUUCCUUAAUCAUUCCUGGUGGUGAAAGCACCACCAUGGCUAAACUCGCUGAGGCUUUCAACCUGUUUCCAGCUUUGCGAGAGUUUGUGCAAAUGGGAAAGCCAGUUUGGGGAACCUGUGCAGGACUAAUUUUUCUGGCGAAUGAAGCUACAGGACAGAAGACUGGUGGACAAGAACUUGUUGGCGGACUUGAUUGUACUGUACACAGAAAUUUCUUUGGCAGCCAGAUUCAAAGCUUUGAGACAGAGCUUCUAGUACCAGAGCUCGUGUCCAAGGAAGGUGGUCCUGAAACAUUCCGUGGAGUUUUUAUUCGUGCCCCAGGAAUUCUUAAUGUAGGACCAGAUGUUCAAGUCCUAGCUGAUUAUCCUGUUCCUUCUGACCAAGUACUGAGUUCUGAUUCCUCUGUUGAAGGCAAAAAGGAGAAUGCUGAAGAAGCCAACAAAGUUAUUGUUGCUGUGAGACAAGGGAACAUACUGGCGACUGCAUUUCAUCCUGAAUUGACAGCUGAUACUCGAUGGCAUAGUUAUUUCUUAAAGAUGGGAAGUUUGGUUGAAAAAGAAGCCUCAAGCAGCAUUGUUCCAGAACAAGUGACACAAGUCAGUACAAGUUUUAAACAACCACUACAGCACGAUCUUCCUAUCUUUCAGUAG